GCCCAGACUUUUCAUAUCGUUUGUGAAUGUGGGAAAAGCUACAAAACCAAAGGUGGAUAUGAGAGACACAGGACCGCAAAACAUGGGAACACCGAAAGUGAGUCCGCUACAAUGUUCACAACCAGCCUUCUCGCCGAGAUGGUGAACAGUGCUGCACAGAGUAUUAAAGAAAGGAAGGUGUUCAAUUUAAGCAUAAAGAAUGAGCUGACUGUAUUCAUAUUUGAAUUAGAGGAAAGAUCUGAUGAAUUCUUUUAUCUCAAGACAAUCUAUGAAUCACUAAGAAGGAAAGGAGAUGUUGAAAAGUUUUAUUCUAAUUUUCAUGGAACU